AUGGCUGACGAGCCGGGCGCCGCGCGGACGCGCCGUCCGUCGUCCGGUCCUAGGAAGGCGCCCAUUGUGGACAACUUCGUCCUUAUGUUCUACAACAAGGACGGCUCGGCGCCGGCGUAUUCGAGCGCUGACUGCGCCGGUUCACUCAGCAGCGAAGCGUCAUUUCGAGAGAAGGUGCGAGACUACUUGGAGCGGAUCAAAGAGCUCCGGCGCGAGAUAACGGACAAGUACCACGCGAAGAAGCUGACUGAGGACAAGAUGCAGGCGUUGCUGUUCGAGCUGCGCGUGCAAUCGCGGUUCAGCGCGUUGAAUGUUAAGAAGCGUCAGGCCGUCAAGGUGCACCUGCAGCGGAAGUUGCUGCUGUGCGAAAAAAUCUACCUGCUCACCAUUCGCCUGCAGAAGCUCUACAUCGAGUUGGCCGAACUGGUGGACAGUCGUGCUUCACAUUGUGUUCAGCUGCAUCGCACUGCGCGGCGCUGUGCUUCUGCCCUCUACGAGCACAGGAGGCGCAUGGCGGCGACGUAG